AUGGAACAUGAAUAUCCAUAUCCGUAUAGGCAAACGUUCCCAGGGCUGCCUAUACCGCCUCAAAUCUCCCCGGGACUUCGAAAACGACCCCUUCCAGCCAUCAGCCAAGACAAAUCAGCGCCGGCGCCUCGCGCAAUACAACCGAAGCCCGCCCCAUCAGCUGAAGCAUUCCAAGCACCCCAAGCCCGGCCCGCGCUUCAGAUACCGCGCUUGCCAGAUCCGGCGAGGGGAGAACCACCGAGAAAACGGGGUAGGCCUAGUAAGGCGGAGAUACAAAGACGAACGCAAAUGGCACAGGCUCGUGGUGAACAGUAUCCUGCCCCAAAAAGGCCAAUUGCCAAGAAAGGCUUUGGACCUUCGUCGCCAACGAUUAUGGCAGCCACUGAGCCGAUGUCUUCCCCGUCAGGCGCGGUUCCAAGACCUAUGCUAAACCAACACAGACAUGAUGGUGUUGGCUUUCCAGGCGCGCGGGAGGAAUCAUCACAAACGGAGGAUAUGCAAGUACGCCGAAUGGCCGCGGCACAGGCAGCAGUGUUUGGCGACCAUUCACCAAGUCUAACAAAGGAUUCGAUGCCGAGAACACUAGAAGGUCAGAUGGCGCCGUCUCCAACCUCCUUUCCUACUUUCAGAAAUAUUAUGCAGCCCAGCGCUGGGAAUCCCGGCUCUCGACACGACGCUCUGGCUGCCAAUAUAGCAGAGGCAGAGACCGGGGUUGAUUCCGCACACGCUAUGCUGGACGACCACAGAGAAACGUGA